UACAUCGUGCGCAUCAGAAUAUAACAUCAUAACAUAGUUGCCAAUUCAAAUAGCAAACGAGUGACGGAGCUGAUUUUUUUAAAAUAACAAUACCGAGAAAUUUCAGUUGGGCAAAAGUAAACCGUAAGUUGAUAGAAAAAUGCUUCGCAAGAAAAUCAAACGUGCUGCCACAAAUAAUGAAACCGUAUCCAAAACAUCAUCCGAUCCAAAAAUCAAACUAAUCAAACAAUCGCUUAAAUCAUCAAUUCAAGCAACCGACAUAACCUCGCCAUUUUUCGAGCCAACACAAUUUUGGCAAAAGAUUUACGAUAUCGAAUGUCGUUUAAGUGCCGAAUUGAAAGCCAUUUCAUUUGUGUCAUCAACCAUUUCGGCCGUAUACAAUCCAAUUGAAUAUGCGUCCGAUUUGCAUUGUGCAUAUAUGAAAAAGUAUUUGAACGAAUCAAAACCGGUUCUAUUCAUUGGAAUGAAUCCAGGUCCAUUUGGCAUGGCUCAAACUGGGGUACCAUUUGGUCAUGUUCCAUCGGUACGCGAUUGGAUGAAAUUGAGCGGUUCGGUGAAGAAACCAGAUACCGAGCUUGCUGUACGUCCAGUCAAUGGGCUAUUAUGUGACAAAUCCGAACAAAGUGGUCAACGUUUUUGGGGUUUAAUGCAAGAAUUGUGCGGUGAUGCUGACAAUUUCUUUCACAAUUGUUUCGUUUACAAUCUAUGUCCAUUGGCAUUCUUUCAUGCGUCAGGAAAAAAUAUUACACCUGCUGAAAUAAAACCAGCCGAUAAGAAGAAGUUGCUUCAGCAAAUUUGUUCAAAAUAUUUGAAGGAGGCCAUCGAUGUAUUUUCACCCGAAUUGAUCAUCUCGGUUGGUCGUUACGUAGAAGAUCGUAUCAACGAACUGUACAAGUCAAACGAAAUUCAUAAUCGCAUUGAGCACAAAUGCAUUGCCCAUCCAAGUCCACGAGCACUGAACAACACCAACUGGAAUGAAAAAGCAAAACAAUGGCUUGUCGACAAUGAUGUCAUGAAAUACAUGAAAACUGCAUAGACGCAAUGACCCCAUUGUCCUGAAAAC